AUGUAUUUUCUACUGGUUCUGUUAAUUGGACUAGUUAAUUCGUUUCCAACUACGGAGUUGGAUGUAGCUUCUACAAAUAUAGCUGAGGAUGGUCCGACAAAAUUUGAAAUUGGUUCAAGAUACGCAGAUAAAGUCGAAGUGACAUUACCUUUUAAAAUCACUAACAAGAAAGAGCUGAUCACUUGGGUAACAUAUGCGAUGCGAGUUAUGGCUUCUAGAAUUAAUGUUACCCUGGAAGCACCAAAUUCUGAAAUAUCACCUGAAAAUAUCGAAAAGUUACGUAACUCGUCUAUAGUUAUUAAUCAUUUAAUUGAGAGAAUAAAUAGCGAAGAGCUGAAGGGGCCACUGGAUACAAAAUUGUCGAAACCUAUGUUAUUCUCGAAUAUUAAGGUAAUUUUCUCGAACAAAAGCAAUCCGUACGAUCAUCCUGAUAAUAAAGCGUUCCGCGAUCCCAAUAUAUUCCCACCAUUUAUCGUUGAACAACGGCAAAACGCAUAUUUACCACUGCCACUUAAGCCUGCCAAUAUCGACAAGAUGAACACAUUGAAUGGCACCGUGAAUACAAAGAAUAUUCACGAAGGAAUUAAAAAUCCCGACAACAUAAAAGAAGAUUCUCUGGGAUCAUUGCAGCUCGUAUCGAUGAACAAUAAACAAAAUCAGCUCCUAUCGAGUAGACCACGCGAAAGCUUCAUCAAGCCUGAUAAAUUAAAAUCAAAGGAUGUUGGUAUUAUUUACAAAUAUCAAAAUAAUGAAACACCUAUAUCAAAUAGUCGACCAAUCAUUAGGGUACCCUUCGAGGCCUAUAUAACCAUAACUCAAGAAGAACCUAAUGUAUUGAAACUUGAAAACAGCAAAUUUAAAAUAUAUAAUCAAAGGGAAGAAAAAAAAGAUGAUAGCCGCUAUGAGCCUUCCACCAGUAAUUCACAAAAUUUAUUAUCGACUUCUUCAGUGCGAAACAACUUUAACAAGUCCUGGUUAACCGAAAACAAUACAAGCACGACGGAAGACAUAAUCGAAGAAAUUCCAAUUACAGUGAAACCAUUGGGAAAUAACAAGAGAAAAAAAGAUAGAUCGAAGAAUAUGCGAUCUGUAUUUAAUUUGCAGACACUUAUCCGUUUAAUAUCAUAUGCUAAUAGAAAUACUACAUCAUCGAUGUUUAGACACAUGCUUACCAAAGUUACUAACAACUUACCUUUAAAAGACAUGCAGAUGACUUAUCGUGGUAGAAGGAAUCAGACAUCGCAGAGACAAGAAAAUGACAUAGAUAACAUUGAUAAUAAAAUCGAAGGCAAUAAUGAUAAAGGCGAAGAGCAAAAUACGAGUAAAGGCGAUGACGAUGAUAAACGUGAUAUUUUUGAUGACGAUGAUGAAACUUUAAGUACUGAUUAUGAUUAUAAUGAAGACAAAGGAUCUCUUGGAUCACUUGAGGACCUUAUUCCACUACUUAUUCCAAUUCUCGAGGACAUUAGUGACCCGGAGUCCGAUACCGAUUUGGGCGAAUUACUCAGUGCAGCUGUUCCUAUACUGCAACAACUAUCAGAAAGAGAUCCAGAAACUGGCGAAGGUCCAGAUAUUGUUGGCGUUCUUGGGCCCAUUUUACAAAGUUUAUCUGCCGGUAAGGAUGGAGAAGGCAGCGAUAGCGGCGCUAUCUUAGGGCCCAUAUUUCAGCUGAUAGCACCAUUAAUCGGUCCACUCUCCGGUCCAUUAAGUGGCCCACUAUCGUCAUCGAGCAGUGGCGGCGGAGGAAAAGAAUCUUCUCUUGGUAGCCUUUUAGUUGCAAUUUUGGGACCCUUAAGUCAGACAACAGAAUCUGGUGGACAAUCACCUAUUGCAGCAAUUGUAUCUACUAUCGUUUCUCUACUAAGUACAGAACUCAGUGCACCUGACUCGGGAAUCGACUUUGGUGCUCUUGUCAGUCAAGUUGUGGCCGGCGCCUUGUCAGGUUCAAGUGGCAGUUUGAGCGGCGGCUCGAGUAAGAGCUCCAGCAAGGGUUCUUCUGCUGAGGAAAAUGAAUCCCCUGCAGGAUAUAAUCCCCUCUCUCAGGUUGAAAUCUUAAAACCGCCACCGGAGCCGAAAAUGAAACGUCCGAACAACUCACCAAAGGACUCCUCCUCUCAGAAAAAAACACGCGCCAAUUUUCAGAACACGCAAUACAGACCGCAAGCCACGCAUCCCGAAGCCGUACAUUUUCCACAGGACAAUCAAUACGUACAAGGUGUUCCACAGUACCAAUAUGAACAGGUCGCAGCUCCAGCCAAUUACGGCGGUUACGGAACCUAUGGGGUUCCAGCGAACAAAGUGAAAACAUUUGAGCUGCUUGGUAAAACCUUCAAAGAUAUUUUAUCCAGCGGAGUAAAUCUUAUGAAGGCGAUACUAGGCGCCUCUACAGCUGCUUCAGGCGCGUCUUCGCAGCAUUCGAGUGGUGGCGACACUACAAAUCAGGGAUACGGACCUCCACCUCCCAUAACACCUUACCAAAAACCAUAUAAGAAACAAGAUUCCUAUCAGAAUAUACACUAA